AUGACGAAGACAAAUGCCAUUGGGUUUAUUGGCCUUGGAAACAUGGGUUUCUGGAUGGUGACCAACAUGGCCAACAAGCUUCCGGUCAAUUCCAAGAUCUAUGUGUUUGAUAUCGUCCCAACUCUCAUGCAUGAUAUCUGCGCGAAAUAUCCGAAUAGGGUCAUAGAAUGCUCUGGUCCGAAGGAAGUUGCCGACAAAUCUGAUAUCAUCAUCACCAUGCUGCCCGAAGGAAGGCACGUCAAGGCAGUUUACAUGGGACCGGGUGGAAUCUGCUCCAGCGAACUCGGAGAGAAGCUUCUAAUUGACUGCUCGACCAUCGACACCGGAAGCUUCCUGGAGGUCAAAGACCACAUUACCAAGAACUUCCCUAGUACUUCAUUCUACGAUGCCCCUGUAAGUGGGGGUGUCAUCGGAGCGGAGCGAGGAACAAUUGCAUUCUUUCUCGGCUGUGCAGAAGACGACACCAAGGAUAUCCAAGAGCUCAGGCAAUUGUUCAGCCUGAUGGGUAGCAAAGUCAUCCAAUGUGGCGGCCCCUCUUUCGGACUCGCAGCCAAACUUUCUAACAACUAUCUCUCCGGUAUGAUCGCCAUUGUCGCCUCAGAGGCGAUGGACAUGGGAAUGAAGUCCGGACUAGACCCACGAGUCCUGGCCCGGGUUUAUGCGGCCGGCACUGCCCAAAACACCAUCUGUGAUCGUUUCAACCCGGUGCCCGGAAUUUGUCCCGAUGCGCCAGCCUCAAAUGGUUACCAGAACGGUUUCAAGGUCCAGCUUAUGAAGAAGGAUAUUUCGUUGGCUUUGGACAUGGCCCGUCGUGUGGGAUCGAAUAAUGUGAUGGGGAGUGUGGGAUUGCAGACAUACAAGGAGGCUAGUGAGGAUGAGCGAUGCAAGGACCUGGACUCACGGAUCGUGUUCCGAUACUUGGGUGGGAAUGAGAACUGGAUGGCUGAUUAUAAGAACGAGAAUUAA